AUGGCGAGACUGUCCAAGGCAAGCUCGUUCGUGAUAUGGGAGGACACUGGCAUUCCAACGCCUGAUGGGGAAACGGUGCCUUCGUUACCACGGACAGAGGAUGAUGUACCGAUCAAGUCUUCGUUACGCUUUGAAGAAGAGAAAGGAGAAGAUAGACGCUCUGCAUUGAUAUCAACAAAUGGACAUGAGGAGACCGAAGACGAGGACGAUGCCGACGACGAGCGCCGCGAGUCAACAUACACCACCACGACCAUCUCAUCUGUUCCCGAGUCGACCUACAGAACAGACCUCGAAGAUGCCACGCCUACACAACCACCCUACACUCCACCUAUCAUCCGACCCUCGUUCCGCCGACCAGAGUCCGUCCGACGUAUGCAGAUGAGCUCGCCCAGACAGUCUCUACUCAGCAAACCACGAUCGAGAACAGGUACACCAAGAUCAGCGAGAUCAGCUACAGCGAAGGGUAGUCCGAGGUCCAAACGACGGGUGUCGAGGGACCGAUUGGAAGAUAACCAGCAGCCGCUUCCACUGGUGCUACUGCACGUAACGCUGCUGCCAGUGGGUCUGCCAUGGAGCAUCGAGAGUAUGCAAGAGCUGUUGCCACAGAAGACGUUGGAAAACUUGCACCUUCUGCAGUCGAAAGUCACGGAGAUCAUGCUGCAGCGAGGCGUGCUGAUACCACAUCCGAAUGAUGAAUACGAGCUGUUGGAGGAACGGCUGCUGGAGGUACUGGAGCUGAAGAAGGAAAGGUUUACGAAGUGUGGACACUUUACGCAUCGGGAUUCUAGAGGCUCUAUAACCUCGGUGGACACUGCACGGGAUAGCGACUCGGGGCUGGGCUCGAGUGUCGAUGGCUCGGACGGGGAGCUCUGCGAGACUUGCGAACACCACAUCAAGACUGCCGAUACUGCUGUUGGAAGCGGGAAGAGAAAGUGGAUGAUCAAGGUGUACGCUUCGAAUGGGCUCAUGCGGGCGUCUGCGUGGGCGGCUGUGUGGUCGGAGAUGGAGAGCGUGGACGUGGAGAUUUUGCCUUGGAUUAGCGACGAGAUGCGACGGAAGCUUGAUGAGAGGAGGCGGAAAGAGAUCGCUGAAGCAAAGCAGCGGCAAAACGACGAGGACCGAAGAAUCAGAGAACUGGUGGACGAGCGAGUGGCACGAGAGAUGCAGAUGGCACUUGACGGAUCUCAACAGGCUGGCUCGCCACGAAAACGGAGUGAGCAGCCACGCCUUCUUGAGACUGAGCCCAGCGAUCCAAUCCGACGACCGGAAACACCCUUCGGGCGAGAUGUUGCGAAUCGAGACUCCAACGACUUACCGCAGAUCUACCGCCCAUCCCAGGUCCCGCUCUCACUUAUGGUCAAGAACUACAUCUUCCUUCUGGCUCAGGACAAGCGGAACGUGGUCAUGUUCUGUCUCACGAUAACGAUUGCUUGGCUGAUCGUAAUGGGUAGUGGAGCGAAUAGCAAGCAGGAUGUGGUGACGACCUUCAACGACGCUUGUCCAAGACACGAGGCGCCGCUCGUCUCUCUGCCCGAGACUCCAAGUGACAGCGUUGCUUGGGAGGGAGCUGGGGACAUCUCGGACACUGUAGACAUGUUCGAGGAAAUAAUGGAGACCCCGGUGGUCGGUCAGAGCGAGGCGACGUAG